AAUCUCUAUACUUUUUAAUACUAUUCAGUUUAUAAUCUAUGGAAGAUAUUAUUACGAUACAAUUCAAUUGAUACAAAUUUAACUACAUAUUCCAAUAGUGAAUCUAACAAGAGAUAAUAUUAACAACAUUAUGUCUCCGAGAUUAAGGAAAUGUCGUACAAUGGAUACAUCCGGUGUUAUCACAAGAAAAAAAGCUAAAACACGUAAUUUGAAAAAUAAAAAUUCCAACUCUUCGCAAGAUUUUGAGAAAUCUAUUGAAAAUAAGAAAAAUGAACAACCUAGAAUACUAAAUUCUUUAAAUAAACAAUAUUCAGAAGAAAACACAAGCUCUGAAAAAUCAAAAAGAAGUUAUACUUCUAACAGGUUUAGAAUGAUUAAAAAUCUCAAGCCAAAGGCAAAGAAAUCUAUUGCAAAUAAUGAAUCUGUAAGUAAUAUUGAGAACAUUACAUGUGAACUAUUUAAUGAUUCAUCUUUCAAUUUGGAUAUGAAUAAUGAAAAGAAAAGCAUGCAUAACUUAUCGCUAACUAAAAUUGUUACUCCUAAAAGUAGUCCUAUUUCGAUAACUUUAACACCUCAGAGGGCUACCAAGACGCCAAAAAAAUCACCUUUACAUUUAAAUUCUCCUAAGACGCAUUCUAAUGUCUCUCUUACAACAUCAAAAACACCUAGAAAGUUAAUGCUUUCUGUUAAUUCCCCUACUAUAUUUAAUAAUUCUGAAAAGUCUUUACAAAACAGAAGAAAAAUGAAUAAAAGUAAAUUAAGUGAUGAUUCAACGAGUAAUGUUAAAGCAAAUUUAAACAAAUUAAAGAUAAGUCCAAAGAGAAUUCAUUCAUCUUCUAAAAAGAUAUUAAGAUUAUCUAAAACUCCAAAAAUUAUAGUAAGAUCGCCAAAAAAGUCUAAAAAUAAAUCAUCAAAAAUGAGAUUAUCUAAUGAAAAACGUACGAGCUUCUCGGUAUUAAAAAUAGAAAAAUCUCCAAAAAAGGAUAUAUCAACAAAAAUCUCUAGUCGUUCCAAGAAAAGUGAUGUAAUUAACAAAUCAUUGUCAAGAAAAUCAGAUGACUUAAAUAUAACUUUGACAAAUUCAAAUAAUCUAUCUGCUUUAUAUCAAGAAAUAAUAUCAAAAAAGCCAGUGAUAAUACUUGAAAGAAUCCCAUUAUUGGAAAAUUUUAUUCGAUCAUCUAAGUCUAUAAAUAAUCAACAUCCAAUGAAUAGUACAUUUAAUGUUAAACAAAUAGAAAAACAAUUGUGUAAUAUUUCAAAUUCUUUAAAAACUUCAUUUUCAUUGAAUACUUUAAAUUUAAAAUCAAGUCCACAAAUAAAGCGUAAAUCAAAUUUAAUAGUAAAUGAUACAUUAUUUCAUUUAGCACCAAAAGCAUCAAGUAGUCCUUUAAUUGAAAAAAGAACUCAUAAAAGGUCUACUAAUUUUAAUUUGACUAAUAAAACAAAUGAAUUGAACAAUAGCAGUCAAAAUAACACUAUUAAUGUUAAUGAAAAACAAACAAAUAUAGCAGAUGAGACAUAUGAACUUUUUGAACCAAAAACUCCGUGCUUACGAGAGCAAUGCAGAAAACGUAAAGCAGAAGAAAGGGACUCUGAUAAUGAAAGAGAUAAUAAAAGAACACGUAAAGUUCUUUUUGCUGCUUCAACAUCUUCUACUAGUAAAUUGCAGACAACAGCAUUAAAUAAUAAGAAUGUUGAGCUUAAUUCUCCUAUUUCAUUAUUCAAACCAGAAUCAGUUAAUAAAAGAGAAAUUAGAAAAACUCAAAUUGUGAAAAGGAUGCCAAGGUCUCUGCCCAAUAGUUCAACAAAUAAGAAUACACAGAAUUCUGAAAUUAAAAGAUCUCUUUUUAACAGUAAUAGAAAAAUAAAACAAACAUCCUCAUCUACAUUAAACGAAACAAAACUUAUUGAAAAUAAAGAGAAAAAAGAUAUCAAAAUACAUAGUGCCAAAAAAAUUCCAAAUUUUCAUAAAAUACACACAAAACUGUUCUCUAAAAUGGAAUCUCUUGUAGAUAAUAAAAAACGUCUGAUGAAUCAAUAUAAAGCAUUAAAAUCAUUCAAUGUAACAAAAUUAAAUACACCAAAAAAUGUCAAAUCUUCGCCAACUAACACAAAAAAUGACGGUUACAAUAGAUUUGGUUUUAGAAUAAGGAAACCUGAAGCCACCAACAUUGUUUUAAGAAAACAACCGCCAAAUCGGCAACAAGAAAAACGAGAAGAAAAUAGAGUGUUCUUGAAGGGUGUAAGAACAAAUAGGCGAUUUGAAUUACAAAUGAAAAUGCGUAACUUACCUAAAUAAGUGAUAUUAAUAGAUAUUUUUUAAUAUUACUUUAUAUACACCACUAUUAAGUAAGAGAAAAACAAUGGUUAAUUUGGACUAUACUUUUUGUUAUAACUUUUUAAACA